GGCUAAAAGUAGACAUUCUCCAAGAAAAAUCUGCAGAAUGAAGUUGAUCGCUGUGACUCUGAUCGUUGCCCUCGUGGCCGCCGCCCAAGGAGCCAAGCUCUCCGACAAGCUGGCCCAGAUUGUGCCCAGCUUCGCCACCGGCUUCGUGAUCAACGGCACGGAGGCGGAUCCCCAUUCCGCUCCCUACAUCGUUUCCCUCGCCACCAGCGCCACCAAGCACUCGCACAUCUGCGGAGGCACCAUCAUCGCCAAGGACUGGAUCGUCACCGCCGCCCAUUGCAUUUCCAAUCCCGUAGGCAUGAGUGUCAUCGCUGGACUCCACACCCGUUCCGAGGUGGAUGAGCUGACCCAGCAGCGCGUUGUUGACUUCGGAAAGGUCCACGAGAAGUACUCCGGCGGCGUCGGACCCUACGACAUUGCCAUCCUGCACUUGAGCGAGCCCCUCACCUUCAACGAGUGGGUGCAGCCCGCCGCCCUGCCCAGUCGCGAGGAGAUCCACGAGGGAGAGUCCCAUCUGUACGGCUGGGGACAGCCCAAGUCCUACGUCUUCACCGCCGCCAAGAACCUGCAGACUGUGACCACCGAUCUUGUGAGCUUCGCGGAAUGCCAGGCAGCUCUUCCUGACACCGCUCCUCUGGCAGAGUCCAACGUGUGCACCUCCUCGCACCAGCAGAGCAUCUCCGCCUGCAACGGCGACUCCGGCGGCCCUCUGGUCAUCGAGAAGCCGAAUGCCCCCUCCGAGCUGGUUGGCGUCGUGUCCUGGGGCUACAUUCCCUGCGGCCUGGCCCAAUUGCCCUCCGUCUACACCAGGGUCUCCGCCUACAUCGACUGGCUCAACAACAUUCAGAGCGCCUACUACAAGCUCUACUAAAUCUACUGAAAAGGUCUUCUGUUUCGAAGAGAAAACUCUGUAGUCAGAUUAUGCCAAGGAUCAGAAUCACUUUGGAUCAGAGCAAUGAUCGAUUGUUGAAUAAAUGCAUCCAACUAAA